GAAUAAGUGAUGCUGAAUAUUAAAACAGAUAAAAAAAUCCAACUCGUUUGUGAAGAAGAAAUUUUGGUCGAAUUUAGAAAAAGAAAAUGUAUUUCAACAAUUUGUGGUUAUAUGCAAACUAACCUUCUAGCUUUAACACAUUUGAAUGUGACUGAAAAUUAUGAAAUAUAGAUUGAAAUAACAAUUGAACACAGUCAUUAUUGAACGAUUUAUUUAAAUGGUGAUUUUCAAUAAAAAUACUCUUGGACUUUUUAUAAAUAUACAUAUAACAAACACAAAACCUUUAUCUGAAAAUUUAUAUAGUAUAGAAAAAAACAUUGAUAUUUAGACGAAAACUUUACUUAGUUAUGGAAGCGUCGCCUUCUUAUUAUCUUCUCUUCAUUAUCUUGUUUAUAAUUACUUUAUAUAUUGAACAAACAAAGGAAGAAAUUAAGGUCCAUACUGCUGUUCAAAUUAAACGUCCUUCAAAUCGUCAUUGGAUUGAACGUGCUUCAUCUGCUCGUCAAAUUACAACACCAUCUGUAUUAACAACUACAAUCACUUCUAAUAGAUUUAUUUAUUCAGGAAAUGUAUCAUCAAUUAAUAUGAGUUCUGAAGUCAUAAAGAAUUCUGUUCGACGAAAAGAAUUACAAGAUCAACCACAACUACCAAAUAUUUAUUCUCAAACAUAUCCUGAUUAUCAAGGGAAUCGAAAACGUCCAAUCGAUGAAUAUAAUCAACCUAAUAUUUUAUAUCCACACGAAGGACUGAACGCAUUUCAUAAUUUACCUUCGUGGUACAGUUUACGAUAUAGACGAUACCCACGGGAAGAGCCAAACCAUCCUUAUGAUGAUAACAAUUUGCAAUUACCAUGGAAUUAUAAACCAAAAUGUAGAUCAUGCGGUCGACCAUUAUUACAAGAUUCAUUUUGUAUAGAUGAUUUUGUUUUACGUGUUUAUAUUUACAAAGAAUCCGUGGAACCUAAUGGUCAACGCCACUACUUAGCUUAUAUCUAUCAAGUAUACAAGGAUAUUAAACAUUAUAUGCAACCAACUCUUGUUCGACAAAUCGUAUAUAAUUGUGAUCGAUUUCAAACUGGUCCAAUGCUAGGUGAAGUAUACUUAAUAACAGGUAUUUACAUAUCAGGUGUUCCACAUGUUGAUUCUUGUUCUUGGAAAGCACCGUGGAAUCAAGUAACGAGAGAACAAAAACGAUAUUUACGCAAUCGGUAUAGCAUUCAGUGUGGCAUAUGUCAAUUACAAAGAGUAUUAUUUGUUGAUCCAAUAUAUCACCGUAAUCCAAAAACAUGUUAUUUACCAAUUAGUCCAAAUUCAAAUGAAAUGAUGUGUAGAGAUAAAUUUUCAUUGUGUCGUUUACAAAGAAGAACUAAUCGAUGCAAUUUUAUAAAUAAUAAAUCGUAUCGUAUAUGUGAAACAUGGUCAACGAAACAUAUUUAAUCCAUCACUUUUUUAUUCUUCUAAAAAAUAAAAAUAUUGUUCAUCUUUUUGAUUCUCAUAUUCAUUUAACUAUUGUAUAACAAUUCAUACUACUAAUAAUACUACUAGUAAUAUAUGUUGUAAAUACAGAACAAAAUAUGCAUAUAUAUAUAUAUAUAUAUUUUUUUUAAAGAAAUAGAAGCUUAUUAAAUUGAAUUGCACAGAUAUCUUUAUUUAACUUCAUUUAUAUGAUUUAUAUUCCCAUAAAUUUUAUUUAUAUUUUCACAUUCCAUAGAAUAUAAUCUUAUACAAAAUAUUGAAAAAAAUAUGUAUCAUUUACUUUCUUCUUGUAUUGUUUUUCUUUUAUUAACUAUCCCCAUUACCCUUAGAAACUAGAUUUACAUAUAUAUAUAUACAAUAUCAAAUGGUGUUGAACU